UUACAAGCGUAUCUUCCCGAGGUAUAGAAGAGCGGCAAAACUGUUGGCGGAAGGGGUUCGUACAACUUCCGGUUUUCAGAGUGACCCCCGCACUUCCGGGUUGGGGAGCCUGGAUUGUUUUUAUGCGACGAGAAUUCUCCAUAUUCCGCUGAGGGGGUUGUGGUGGCUCAGAUUCCUCGGUGUCAAGGAAGCCUCCUCCGCGCUUUCUAGCAGAGCCGAACGUGAAGCCGUGAUCAAGAUGAUUGAAGUAGUUUGCAACGAUCGGCUGGGCAAGAAAGUUAGAGUGAAGUGCAACACUGAUGAUUGCAUCAGGGAUCUUAAGAAGCUUAUUGCUGCCCAGACUGGUACUCGCUGGGACAAGAUAGUUCUGAAGAAGUGGUAUACAAUUUUCAAGGACCAUGUGAUGCUGGCAGACUAUGAAAUCCACGAUGGCAUGAAUCUGGAGCUAUAUUAUCAGUAGUGUUUUGGUCAUGACAAGUAGUAUCUUUGCUCUGUUUCCUUGUUCUGAAUUUCUCAAUCUAUAGAUGGGUUACUUUGUGGCUUGACAUUAAGUCAGGAAUAUUUUCUCCUUGAUGGCAAUAAAUCAGGAAACCCAUAUUCAAACCUUGUUUUAAGUAUUUGUAUUGAAUAAAUGUGAUUGACA